AUGUCGCACGUAGUCGUAUUCAAUGCCUCCGCGAAGACGGUCAGGAUACCCACCACACCCACCAAGUACUUGACCGAAGUCCGCGACGAAGCUUGUCAGAAAUUCAGCGUUAGCAAGGACCAGUUCACCCUGAAAUACAACAACAAACCCAUCUCGCUCUCCCAGCAGAUACGUCUCGCCAACCUACCCCAAGGUGCACGACUCGAACUGGUACAGGCAUCUCGUUCGCCGACGGUGAUAUCAGUUGCUCUCCAACUCCCAGCAUCGGACAAGAGUGCCCGCCUCACACAAAAGUUUGCUUCAAAUACAUCGUUAUGGGAACUCCUGCGGAAGUUCGAGAGCGGGCAGGGCGCCAACUACAACUUCACGCAGCGCGGGGUGCCCGAGAUGAGCGCGAAUGGCACAUCCGGCGCUGGGAGGCUGCAUUACGAGAUGCCGGUCAUCACAGUCAUGCCAGGCCAUCGUGAACAUGCAAGCUUCGUCGAGCUGCAGAAGACCCUGUCACAGAUUGGCUUUGACAGUGGAUCUGCCCUGCUGCGCUUGAGCUUCAGGAAUAGCGGGAAGCCUCUGGAAGAGGCAAUGACGGAGAUCUCGCAGUACUUCAGAGCGUCGGAUGCCACACCAAGCGGUGCCCAUGCAGCUACGACUGCCCAGACUACCUCGAUACCCGAUCUUGAUAAGGCGGCUCCUGAGGCUACACAGAUAGUUGCAGGCGAGAGUAUAAAGGUGGAUGAGCCGGAGCCAGAUCUGAUGGAUGUUGAUCCAGCGCCGGCUUCUGCUUCGGCUGAGGUCCCUACCGCAUCACAACCUACUGGGAAUGUUGAAAGUACUUCGAUACCUUCGCCUGUUCAAGCGACAUCUCCCCUUUCCGAAACAUCAGCAGAGGCUGCCAGUGGCCGUAAUGUACAAAUAUUCGCAGCAUCGCCAUCAUCGACACCACAAGCUGCGCGACAAGCGUACAACGAAGCGGAUUACAUUCCCACCAUCGAGCACGCAAAGUCACACCAAGCGGCCCUGCAAGCACGAACGCGUAACCAGCGACUCCUCUCCGACAAGGAGCUCGAGGACCAAGAGAAAGCACGUCAAGAGAAGCUCAACGCGGCAGCAGACAAAGGCAGCUCAGUACGAAUACGGAUGCCCGAUACGCAGAUCAUCCAAAUAAACAUCACCAAGGAGGACACCGCAAAGGACAUCUACAUCAUGGUAGAGGACUUCCUACUAUAUAAGGAGCCGUUCAACCUGAAGUACAUCGGGCCAAAAGGCCAACAGACACUCCUGCCACGAGACCAGAAGCGCUUGAUACAAGAUCUUCGCUUCACAGCAGCCGAGUUGGUUACUUUCCUGUGGGACGACAAGGCGUCGAGCGAGGCGAGACUCAGCCGGAAGAUACUCAAGCAGGAAUGGCAGGCCAGGGCUCAGGUCCUACAAGUGAAAGAGCCCGUGGCGGAAGAGAAGCCAAAAGCAGCUCCCCAACAAGAGCCAAGCAAGGCCGAAGGAAAGAAGAAAUCGAAUUUGAGUGCGGGCGAGAAGGAAUCGAAGUUGAAGAACUUGCUGAUGAAGGGCUUUUCGAAGAAGUAG